GGAGGGACGAGCGGAGCACGCGCGUAACGGUUGCACAGUGCGAAAGCGCAGGAGUUUGUCGCGUCGAGCAGAGUUGAUGUCCGUUUCUCGUCAGGAGAGGCGGUAUUGGCCAUCGAGAACAUCGGUAGGAAGCAUGGUAGCGGUGGCUUGGCAGAUAUGCUUAGGGUAUCUGUCAUCUACUUCGGCGUGACGUUGUAAAAACUUGGUGAGAGAGUCGGAGGAGGAUUUUAGACUAUCGACGUGCCAUCCGAGUCGCGUGGAUGACGCGAGCAAUGCGUUUCCUCGCGAAUGAAUCCGCUCGUCAAUCUCGUUCCUCAGAUACAAUCCCGUCGCGACAUUGCAAGUGCCGACGAUGAAGCUGCACGAAUCAUUCGGUUUUUAACCGAGACAUCGAGCCUGCAAGUUCAAUUCGUCAUAUGCCGGCUGUAAUCGAAUUAUAAAUCGGUCCCUUUCUCUUUCUUUCGGUGCUCCUUGUGCCCGAAGGUGGUGAUUCGUGUUACUUUUAGCGAAGGUGCGAGAAACUGUAGUGAGGCAGGAUGAUGAUGGGCGAUCAGUUUCGCAGCAAAGUUGAACAAUACUCGCCGAAGUCCUCGCCGAGAGGAGCACGGUCUCCAGUUGUGUCUCGUCAGGACUCUACAGGAACUCUGAAGACUACUAUUUCCCUUGGGAAGAACCCUUCUAUUGUUCACAGUGGACCAUUUUAUCUAAUGAAGGAGCCUCCAGGGGAAAGUGAACUUACUGGAGCGACAAAUUUGAUGGCAUAUUAUGGUUUAGAACACUCCUAUAGCAAGUUUAGUGGAAAGAAACUUAAGGAACAGCUGUCUUCUUUUUUGCCAAAUUUACCUGGUAUUAUAGACAGACCUGGUCAUCUAGAUAAUAGCUCAUUGAGAUCGCUGAUUGAGAAACCUCCCAUAGGAGGUAAAGAGUUAUUACCUUUAACAAGUGUACAACUAGCUGGUUUUCGAUUGCAUCCUGGUCCAUUGCCUGAACAGUAUAGAUACGUGAAUCAAGCUCCUCAAAGAAAACACAAAAAUAAACAUAAGAAACAUAAACAUAAGCCUGGGGAAGUGCUCAGUGGACAAGAGACUGCAACAACGGACGUAGGUGGUUCCGAUACACACGAAAAGAAGCAUAAGAAACAGAAACGACAUGAUGAGGAAAAGGAAGCUAGAAAGAAGAGAAAGAAGGAGAAAAAGAGGAAAAAGCAGAAACACAGCCCCGAGCAUACUGGUAGCCUCACACCAUCUCAGCAUUCCAAUUCGUGAUCUCUAAUCUGCCCUUUCCAAUUCAUGCCAAACUUUUGAUUGAAACCGAAAGAGCGUACGAAUUAUUGAAGUGACCAAGCACAAACGUGUAUAUUUACUUAUAUUAGGGCUAUAAGUAUUCACCCGAAAAUGAUUACUUGAAGUGAUUAUUAUUACAAUCAUUAAAUAAAUACUAAUAAAAUUUUUGUUUUGAUCUUAGUUCUGAA